AUGAAGGAGGUGAAGCUCCUUGACAUGGGAAUCAAGCCCAUCAUCUCACGCACCAAGGAUGGGAAGAAAAUCAGAGGAGAUAGAAUCCAUGCAGGGAAUCUCAUGCCUCUCAUUGACCAGCUACUCUCCUACAAGACAACCGCUAUAGCACUCGGUUUCAAACGGGAAGGAAGCUUAGUGUUGGAGGAGUCAUCACGCCAAUCCUCUGUGCAGCUGGAGUCCAUUUGGACAAGAGAAGGUCUACUCCAGCAGGAUGGAUGGACAUUAAGUUUUGCAAGACCAACCUCCUCAUUGAACACAAGGAGUUGGAUGGGAGUUGGGCAUGAACAGGAGUUGCGAGAAGAGGAGCCUGAACUCGAUCGAGCUGAGGAUCGAGUUGAGGACCACGCUCAAGUGAAUGCGGAUUUGGGUGAGCCUGAGUGCUAUUAUUUUGAGGAGUAUGAGGCUCCAAGGAUGAACCCCUCUGUUGUGGCUGCCCACAAGAGGAUUGGACUUCUCCAAAGGUUCAACAAGUGGCAAGGGAAAGCCAUGGACAAGAUGCAAAAGUCCAUGGACAAGAUGAGUAGAUCACUCCUCACCACCCCAAGGAGACUCCCUGCCCAAAAACCUCACAGAGCCUAUUCAUCGAGACUAGGGAAGGAGGAAACAACACGCAGAGGCGGAGGAAGAGUUCCAGAGCGACGCUCCAACUCGAUCAAUGAGCUCGACCGAGCUCAGGGUCGAGUUGACCUGGAGGAGCCUCUGUUUGAGAACCCUGAUUCGAGUACAGCGCCCUACCAAGACUUCCCUCAGAGCCACUGGACACCCUACAACCGUUUCGAGCGCGCACAGCUCCACCAAGGCCAAGGAAGCCACACACACUUCAAUGAAGAAGAAGAAGAAGAAGAAGAGGCGGAUCCGCAAGCUCGAUCGAGCGAUGUGAACCCGGCCGAGUGGAGCGUCCCUGACGGCCGCCUGCCCUCUCCUGACCACGACCUUGCCUCUCAUAUCUUUGGGGGGCACUGA